AUGUCUGCAGGUAAACCUAUAAAAUGCACCGCUGCCGUUGCUUACGAAGCUGGAAAGCCCUUGACAGUGGAAGAAAUCACAGUCGAUCCACCCAAAGCUCACGAAGUUCGUGUCAAAAUCGAUUAUACCGCUGUUUGCCACACUGAUGCGUACACUCUAAGUGGAGUGGACCCAGAAGGAGCUUUCCCAUCGAUUUUGGGCCAUGAGGGUGCUGGAAUAGUCGAGUCUGUAGGAGAAGGAGUUACCAAUGUCAAGCCUGGCGACCACGUUAUUGCUCUAUACACCGCUGAAUGCAAAAAAUGCAAGUUCUGUCUUUCCAACAAGACUAAUCUGUGCAGCUCUGUGCGUGCCACGCAGGGCAAAGGUGUAAUGCCAGAUGGAACUUCCAGAUUUCACAACUCGAAGGGAGAAAGCUUGUUGCAUUUCAUGGGGUGCUCGACGUUUUCGCAGUACACAGUGUUAGCCGACGUCUCUGUUGUGGCCAUCGAUCCCGAAGCACCUUUGGAAAAGGUUUGCUUGCUAGGAUGUGGUGUAACCACAGGUUACGGUGCUGCUAUCAAGACCGCGAACGUGCAAAAGGGCGAUACCGUCGCUGUGUUUGGUGCUGGAACAGUAGGUCUUUCUGUCGUCCAAGGUGCUAAGGUGAGAGGCUGCUCCAAGAUCAUUGUCAUCGACCUUAACGACCAGAAAAAGGACUGGGCCAUGGAAUUUGGCGCCACUGAUUUCAUCAACCCCACAAAAGAUUUGAAAGAAGGCCAGACCAUUGUUGAAAAACUUAUUGAAGUCACCGAUGGCGGCCUGGAUUUUACCUUCGAUUGCACAGGUAAUACUCAAGUCAUGCGUGAUGCUUUAGAAGCUUGUCAUAAAGGUUGGGGCCAAUCGAUCAUUAUUGGUGUCGCAGCAGCUGGCAAAGAGAUCGCUACGAGACCUUUCCAGCUUGUCACAGGGAGAGUAUGGAAAGGCUCGGCAUUCGGUGGAAUCAAAGGUAGAUCCGAGAUGAACGGCUUAGUUUCUGACUACCUUGACGGCAAACUCAAGGUUGACGAGUUCAUCACACACAAGAGAGGAUUUACUGAUAUCAACGCUGCAUUCGAGGACCUACAUCACGGCGACUGCUUGAGAACCGUUCUAGACUUGUCUAAAUAA